GAUCCAGAAGUGAAAGAAAAGCAGUUAAUCGUUUGUCUGCUCUUGUUCUCUUUGAUCGUUCAAAAGAGAAAAGCAUAGCAGAACUGCAUUGCCGCAUUCGAUUCGUGUCGAGUUGCGAUUUACACUGGUAGGUUCUCAUUCGUGGAGAAUCGCAUCUUUGACGCUCAGUCAUUUCAUUUUGUGUUCGCUCGUUCCUUUGAAUCUUGGAUUGGAUUGGAUUGAAUUGAAUUGAAUUGGAUUGGAUUGAUAUUAAUUUCAUUUCAUUGUUGCCUCCGAACAGUCUUUUAUUUUUCAUAUCACUAGGUUUAUUUGAUUCGUUCGCCAUGGACCGCCGUCGCAGUUCCGGGAGAGACCGAGGCAGGGAUCGCAGUGCCAACUUUACACGUGCCCGCGAUCGAUUCGAGCGCAAGCGCAAGACCAAUUCCUAUGAAUACAACGGCAACAACAACUACACCCUGACGGGAGGUGCCAGUGGAGGAAGGGGCUACGACGUGUCGGGCGGAAACAGGAGCGACAGCCGGAUGGACUACGACGACGACGACAUGCGUGGGGGAGGGCGGCAGCGCCGCUCGCGAUCCCCGGUGCGAUGGGAACGAGGCAAGAAACAGCAGAAGAAGACCCAGACGGACGUUCCCCCGGAUCGGGAAUUGUUUGUGGGAAACAUUCCAUCGGACAUUGACGACAAGUUCUUGCUCAAUUUUCUCAACGGCGCCAUGCGACAGGCCAAGCUCUGUGCCCGCCACGAAACCCCCUGUCUGAGCGCACAGAUCAACUCUGGCAGUUUUGCGUUUGUGGAAAUGGUCAAUGCGGAAUACGCCAACAAGUGCCUCAACAUCAACGGCGUUUUGUUUCUCAACGCACGCAUCAAGGUCGGCCGGCCCAAAAAGUACACCGGACCCUUCAUGGUCCAGAGCAGCUGGCAGGAACUUACGGGCAGCGAGCUCACCAUCGACGCCGUACUGGACGGUGAGUCGGAAAAGGUCAACCGCGAAUUGUUUAUUGGAAACACCACGCCUGAAAUGACCGACAAGAUGCUCAAGGACUUUUUGGGAACCGUCAUGGGACAGGUCGGUCUCAGCAUCAUGGAUGGCAACCCUAUUACUCUGUGCGAAAUGUUUGGCAAGUACGCUUUUAUUGAACUGCGCACGCCGAGGGAGACGACCAAUGCCCUAAACCUCAACAAUAUCGAGUUCAUGAAUUCAAAGCUGCAGAUCACACGCCCCGCGAAAUACCAGGGAGACUUUGAGGACCACUUGAACUGGGAGCAGGUUUUGGCCCGUUACGGAGUCAAACCAGAGGAAUUCAAGCUCGGCGAAGUUUUGAACCCUACGGCCCUGUUGACCAGCGCUGCCGCAUCCGCCGAACCGAUCGAUGGAGAGGACAUCAAGGUCGUCAAGGCCGAGCUGGCGCAGGUCAAGCAGGCACUGGAGAUCACACGCCACCAAUUGGACGAAUGCAACAAGAAAUCGGAGGCCCGAAAGGAGCAGCUCAUCAGUCUAAACAAAAAGUGGUCCGAGGGCAAAUCGGAACUGACGGACCACAAAAACGAACUCGACCAGGUCCGCGACCAGCUCAGGAACAACUCUCAGAGCGUCACUCGUAUCACGGUCGACAUGGACUCGCGCAUGGAAGCCGAAGUCCUCAAGAAAAAACACGAGGAAACCCAGGGCAUGCUGCGCGGCGUGACGGAAUCGCUGCUGAAGGCCACGGAGAAACUGCAGAACGAGCGAAAGGCGCGAAAAUCACUGGAACAAAAGUUUGUCGACGCGAACUUCAGCCUAAACCUGAGCGSCGACGGAAAUGCUCCAGCGGCCUCUGYCGCGGCACCCUCCGGCGGCGGCAUUGACUUUGCCGGCCUCCGCUCGGAAGUGAGCACGGACGCCGCCAUCAAGACUGAAAAUGCCGAUGCCGCGGCCAGUGGAAUGGAAAUCGACACYGCCAUGGAAGACGACGAACCCAAGAUGGAAUCCCUCAAGGAAUUCUUGGCGAAAACACCAAAGACCAACAUCGAUUGGGGAGCCAAUGCCCUCRUCACACCCGGUGCCACCACCACUCCGGGUGGUGUCUCUUCUGCCCCACGAAGCCGUGAUCGUGCGGGAGUUCGACUCUGCCGUCUGCUGAUCCGAACCAACAGCCUCAACGACGACAAUGCCAAGGAAGUYCAGGGCAUGGCCGGCAAGUACAAUCUCGGUGGAUUCAUCAAAACCGGCAAGCCGGGCGUCAUUGUCGUGGAAGGUCUGGAAUUCAACUGCGACAUCUUUAUGGACAACCUGGAACGGCAAAAGCAAACCUAYGUCAACGUCGGAAAGGUCUCGGAGCGAUCUGGGCGUUCGUUCCCCAUGCAACUGACCCUUCUGAGCGGCGACAGUGCGGCCUCGGACUUUGCCAAGGCCUGCGAAACGGUGGGCUUGAAGGAGAAACUCGAUGAGGCCCUGAGCAAUUAGACGGUGCAAUCAAUAAGUAUCGUUAUUGAUGUUAUUAUUGCUUGUAAGUAACAUAGCAGUUUCACUCUACCAAAUCCGCCGACACUUGCAAGCAAACAAAAGAUGUUUUCGGAAAUGAUCAAUGGAUCAUCGAAGCAAUGACUUCCUACAUUAUAUCGAAACAAAAGAAACUGGGUUUAUUUGAAUAGAUCAUUAUGACGCUCCAUUAUGGUCUUGAAAAGAAAACCAGGAGCCAAAAAAACAUGACUCGAAUUUUUUUAUUAGAAUGCUUCGAUUGGCUUGGAGCCAAUAAAACUCAAGGAGUAGACAAAAAAAAAACACACACACAAAAAAAGUAUAAAAAUUAAAUCCGUUG